AAGGGCAGGUGAAUAUAGGAUUUGAAAUUGAAAGUAAUUCUGAGGACGGAUUCGUGCAACUGACCCGUUCAAAAAGCGAUGAUCUUCUCGAAGUAAAACAUCAAGAAAUGGCCAGGGAGGCAGCGGGACAACUAGGGGAGUCGCCAUCGGCGGUGAGCGAAGUACAGGGCGGCAACUACGACACGGAGGAUAACAUUGGGGAAAACUGUACGCCGGAGUAUGUGCUUGUCGGAAGUUCGUGUACGGAGUCUCCGGUGACAGCCAGUGAGGAUGAUGUGGGACAGGAGGGGGACGAUUACUUCAUAGAGACGUCAGGUGAUGAGCGGAUGGCCAUCAUUGAAGAAGAGUACAUAGAUAGGAUCACGAUGCUAGAACAACGUAACUAUGACUUGGAAAUCGUUCUGCGGCGCCUCACAUCAGCGGUCGAGCGCCUUCUAUGUCUGUCCGAAGAUGAUACCUCUGAAAUAAAUACCGAUGACGUUGAAGGUUAUGAUGUAAUCGUUGACAUAAAGCCACAGAAAGAAUAUGAUUCCCCAGAGGAGGUCGUUGAAACUGACGAUGUCGAUAAAAUAGAAGAUGCGGAAGAUAAUUUUAAGGCUGAUGCCCAACCAGAGGCCAAAGAUGCAAGCGUGGACGAUGCUGGCGAAGCUGCGGAUGGCUCCAGAAAGGAGGGCCUUGUGGAUAGCACUGCGCGAGAAGUGUCCCGAAAUAUCUGUAUAGAGCUGUUUAUCGAGUUCCAGAAGAGGCUUAUGAUGUUUGCUGGAGAGUUGAAAGGUGUGUUGAGUUGCGGGGAGUCGGCGAUCCGGCACGGACGGGUUGUACAGGAGUGGGGCAAGAGCGUGCAACUCAUGUUUGAACAACUACUGCACGAGAGGAGAAAGAUGAUGAACUUCAUCGAUGAGCGGGAGCAAACAUUAAUGUUGGCGCGGGAGCAGUUCAUAGGAGAGCGUCAAGAGCAAGGGACUCAACUAGAACACCUGCUUGAGGACAUGAAGAAGUACAGGGAUCUGGUGGAGGAGACUGAAACUGUCUGCAGGGACAGGAUGCUGGAGUCGAGUCAGCGACGGGCGGUAGCGGAGGGCCUGGCGGACCAGCUGCUGCAGCGCCGCCUGGAUGAGGAACGUGCCAUCAUCCUAGGCCUCUCCAGGCAGUCUAAGAUAUCUGAGAUGAAGCUGUUCAUCAUGCACCAGCAGAACUGCAUCCAAGACCUGCAGAUCCAGAACAGGGAGUUACGGGCUGUCAUCGAGGGGCUCGUGGGGCCAGACGACCUUGAGUCUGAGGAACCCAGUGAAACAGAAAAGAGCUGCACAUCAGGAAGUGUGAGCGCUGGUACCCCUGCAAGCGUCGGCACACCAGAGAGGUGUCUUGUCAUGGAGAUGCUUGACAAGGUGGGCGACCAGCCGAUCAGUCUAAUGUCGGACGUUCUCAACUGCGACCGAGGACAUUUUUUGCCUGGAAUAAGCACAGAUGGCGACCUUGCCACUAUACAGGCAUACGGACUUGGUGGCGGGAACGGGCGUGUUAAGGAGGAGGCGGGGGUCGAAGCGGAAGUGUUUGACCCGUUGUCUGUGGACUACGUACGGGAGCACUGCCGGCGGGCGGAGGAGACGGAAAGAAACGCACUAGCUCACACCUUCACCAAUGAGAACGAAGCGCAAGAUGACGGUCGCCUGACGCCGGAGACGGACCGUGACGUCAUGGUCAUACAGGACGGUGUCAAACCUAUCAACAUUGAGCCCUAUCUCAGAAAAAGAGCUGCCGAAGAGAGGGCUAUGGCAGCCAUAAUUCCGGAGGCGGCCGGUGACGGCGGUGAUGUAAAAAGCCUGGUGGAGGCCGGGAAACGGGAACUUUUGGAAACAGAUGAAGGAGCCAGCGACGAAGUAAAGGCAUAGUCCUGCCUUAAUCAUUAUCGAUAGUAGUGUACAGAUAUGAUGCCGGUCUCUAUGCACGAAUUUGACCAUAAUUUCCAUACGUCUGUGAUAGGUUUUUGUGAUUUGUAAAAACUACUCGGGUUUUCUGUAUAUUUUGUUAUAUAAACA